AGAGUAGCUUUUAUUGUAAUACUACUUGGGACGGAGUAUCGUGCUGGCCUACAACAGUAGGUGGCGUCAGCGCAGAUAUCUCGUGUUUUGGUGAACUUCACGGAGUCCGCUACGACACCAGUCAGAACGCCACUAGAGUGUGCUAUGACAACGGAACAUGGGCACCACGGUCAGAUUACUCAAGAUGUAGACCCCUUACUGAGAAUGAUGACUUUUUAAAGGUUCUAUGGGAUGUAAAGGAGGCCACAACUAUCUACUUCAUUGGUUACGGUGUCUCUCUAGUUGCCCUCUUCAUUGCGCUCUGGAUCUUUCUAUACUUCAAAGAUCUGAGGUGCCUGCGGAACACUAUCCAUACUCAUCUGAUAGUGACCUAUAUCCUGAUCUAUCUGACCUGGAUCAUCACUGCUUCGCUGCAGAUGGGACAUUCUCCCUCGAUACUAGCGACAGAGGCGGCUUGCAUUCUAACAAUAUUCCUGACGUAUCUAAUGGGGACAAACUUCUUCUGGAUGUUUGUGGAAGGACUCUACCUCUACAUCCUGGUUGUCAAGACCUUUUCAAUUGAAUCAAUUAAAUUUCACGUGUAUGCUACAAUUGGUUGGGGCCUACCUGCACUUCUAAUCUUGAUUUGGGCACCUGUGAAAGCCUACUUCUCGCGCGUGACGAGUGACUUAUUUUUACAUCAAGGGUGCCCUUGGCAGAGCAAGGACAAUUACGAUUAUGUUUUCAUUGUCCCCGUCAUUGGAAUUCUUCUAGUGAACAUCUUUUUCUUGGCUCGUAUCAUGUGGGUUCUCAUCACCAAACUGAGAGCAGCCACGACUUUCGAGCAGAAACAGUACAGAAAAGCGGCAAAAGCACUGCUGGUACUGAUUCCUCUACUCGGUGUCACGUACAUCCUCGUGAUUGUAACACCCAAUCACAGAACAGCACGAGUUGUAUUUACCUAUCUACAAGCUACUCUACUCUCUACCCAGGGUCUUAUCGUAGCCAUUCUAUACUGCUUCUUCAACGGAGAGGUAAGAAACUCGCUACGUCACCACAUGGAACGUUGGAAGAUGGUUCGUACACUAGGUGGCGCUCCUCGACAUUGCAUGAAUUACCGACCAUCCCAACAUGGCGAUGUUCUACACACCUAUACUAGCAGAACCCCUGGUAGCAGAGGAAGCUGCGUCAGUUUCAGUACUUCAACCUCUUUCAUUAGCGGAAACAAUCAAAACACACACAAUAAACACGUGGAGACGACGUUCACAUUGCUUCCCAUAAAACAUAAUGUCCUUUGAACAGAAGUUGUUUAACACCGAAACAAGUUUGUCUCGUUUCCUAAAAAGUUAAAAAACAACAACAAGGAAUCCUCAAUAGCCGCGGCAUUUGAAAUUCUUUUAGGCAGGAUUAGAGUAAAUUAAUCUUAUACUUUUUUUUAUAUUAUUAUUAGCGAUAUUUUUGUGCGCCAGUAAUACCUGGCGUGAGGCCCGCGUAUACUCGAUUCAAUUUUAUUAUUCAUCAGGAUCUCUACCAGCCUACCCUCAAACUGAAAUUCUUUUAAGCAGGAUUAGAGUAAAUUACUCUACCAGACCUUGGGCGUGGUUAAUUACAUCAAUCGAAAGGGUUUGACCUCUUGAGUCCAAAACUGUAACUAGACCUCAAAUCGGUCAAUAGAUGAAGGAGCUAUGAGAUA